AUGUCGCAAAAUACAGCACAGAGUCCGCAUGCUGGCGGUCACGCACCGAGGCGUUUCCACACUCCCAAGCACGGCUGGCUUCAUGAGGUGGAGAAGCGUCUCGUUGGACAGACCCCAAAAGGCGCACCGCCAGCAAGGCCUAGACAAUCCGAGUCGCAUCGUUCUAGACCCAACUCAGGCGGACUAGAUCGCGAGGUGGAGGCCAUCUUUCACAGAACAGCUCGAUAUGGCGGUGACGACCCAAGAGAUCCACAAGACCAGGCAUACGAGACCAACGCUCCACCCGACGAAACAGCAGAGAGCCAAACUUCGACUCGUGUGCCUUCCUCACCAACUCAACCUGGCGCAUACAAGUCCAAGUCAAAGGGUCAACAAAGUUCUAGUCGCAAUGAUGACAAUGAUGACAAUGCUGACAGUGAUGACAGUGAUGACAAUAAUGACAAUGACGCCAACUCGGACCAAGGCCGUCCAAGAGGCAACCCCGAUGAGGCUGAAGAUCCGAACCAGGUCGGCUGGGAUGGUCCUGACGAUCCUGAGAACCCGCAGAACUGGUCGCAGAAGAAGAAAUGGGCAUUCACCUUGCUAUGCUCCUUGCUUACUGUCAACGUCACUUUCGCAUCUUCCGCUCCAUCUUCGGCCAUCCAACAAAUCGCCCAGGAGUUUCAGAUCGGCACGGUUACCGCCACACUGAUUACGUCCUUGUUUCUGGCAGGUUACUGCCUCGGCCCCAUCAUCUGGUCGACAACUUCGGAACUCGUGGGUCGAAAGGUGAUCUUCAGCAUUUCGAUGCUGAUGUACACCCUCUUCAUCCUUGGACAAGCCUUGGCAAAGAACCCAGAGACCUUAUUUAUUACUCGAUUCAUCAGCGGUGUCUGUGCAGCUGCACCGCUCACCAACGCUGGUGGUGUGAUUGCCGACAUGUGGGACCCCGUCGGGCGAGGCUACGCCAUGAGUCUCUUCUCUUGCGCCGUCUUCAUCGGUCCUGUCAUGGGUCCCAUCGUCGGAGGCUUCAUCACCCAGUCCUACCUGGCAUGGCGAUGGGUCUUUUGGAUCAUGAUGAUCUUUGCCGGUCUUUGCUGGGUCAUCACUGUGCUCUUCCUUCCCGAGACUUUCACACCCAUCCUUUUAGUUCGAAAAGCUAAGCGACUCCGCAAGCUGGAUCCCCAAGGCAACAAGGACCUCUACGCACCUCACGAGAGGAGCGACUGGUCGCUGGGUGGCAUCGCUCACCGCACGCUAUUACGACCCUUUCAGAUCUUGGCACAGGAGCCCAUCUUGGUCCUCAUCACCAUCUAUGUUUCCAUCGUCUAUGGAAUCCUGUACGGACUUUUCGAGGCGGUGCCAGUCAUCUUUGAGAUGAAGCGAGGCUUCAACUUGGGAGAGUCUGGUCUCAUUUUCAUCGCAGUCGGUCUUGGAACGACAAUUGGUGGAAUGAUUAACGUGCUUGUACAGCUUCGAUACCGACAACUCACGCCGUUCUGGCGCGGCAUGCCUCCUCCCGAGGAGAGACUCAUCGGAUCCAUGAUUGCUGGCCCUUUCCUCGUUCUGGGUGCCUUCUGGCUGGGAUGGACUGGCGAGUACGUAGCUGUGCCCUGGUACGUGCCUGCUCUUUCGCUCGUCCCUAUCGGCAUGAGCUUCACGCUCGUUUUCAUUUCCCUUCUCAGCUACAUCGUAGACUGUUAUACCGUCUAUGCCGCAUCGGCCUUGGCCGCCAACACCAUCCUUCGAUCGGCAGUAGGAGCUGCAUUUCCUCUUUUUACAAGACAGGCUUUCAAUGGCUUGGGAACCAACUGGGCUGCUUCGUUGCUAGGCUUCGUUGCUUUAGUUCUUACACCAUUCCCAUACAUCUUCUACGUUUAUGGCAGCAAAAUCCGCCGUUUGAGCAAGUUCGCGCCAGCGUUUGAUCUCAAAAUUCGCCAAGAAUUGGAAAAAGAGGGCAAGCUGCCUGAGAACAGUCUCGACAACACCAGCCCUCUAGAUCGCAACGGUCUUGCAGCUUCCAAGAAGGCGGCAGCGUCCAAGGGAGAUGCGGAGAAGGGCCAAAAUUCUGACUAA